AUGAUCCAUACCCCAAAGCCUUGUAUGAUUCUCAACACCUCCAACCUGCAAUGCUUGCAAGUCACGGAAGAGUGUGAGCUGCCGUUGAUUGACAUAAGCACGCUGAGGAUGACAACUGAUGAAAAAGCACUGCAGCAUUGUGCUUCAGCCGUCACAAGGGCAGCAACUCAAUGGGGCUUCUUUAUGGUGGUGAGCUGGAGAAUGAAAAAGUUAGGAAGUGCAAUGACAGAGCUUGCUCACCUGCUUGCAAGAGUUAGAGCUGAGCACUUGGAGUUUUCAGGGGAUUUUAUCACCGAGAAAUGCAGUAUGAGCACAAGCUAUUUUAGCCUAAACCAUUAUCUUUUGUGCCCCCAUUCACAAGGUACCUUUGGUCUAAUGCUUCAUACAGACAGUGCCUUUCUCACCAUCCUCAGUCAAGAUCAGGUUGGAGGCCUCGAAUUGAGGAAGGAUUCCACUUGGAAUGCUGUCAAGCCUAACCAAGAUGCUCUUAUAGUCAACAUUGGCGAUCUCUUUCAGGUAGCACUUUCAACUUUCAAAUCACUUCACUGA